GGGUUGUUGCUGUGCUCUGAGGUAGGAGUUGCCCAACCCGAAACCGAACAACAACAAAACCAGAGAUGUAUUCCAAGAUCCUCCCGGUCGCGGUUCUUGCCGUGAGCACGCUUGUCGCUGCCGCCGAUCCUACGGUCUAUCUCAUCCGCCACGGCGAGAAGCCCGAAGAUGACGAUGUUACGGGUCUCAGCGCCAAGGGCGAGCAGCGCGCAGAAUGUCUCCGCUCCGUCUUCGGAUCGUCGUCUGAGUAUAACAUUGGCAAGAUCAUGGCUAUGACGCCGAAGGAUGAUGGCCACCGAAACCGACCCCUGAAGACCGUUCAGCCUCUUGCCGGUGACCUUGGACUGGAAGUCGAUAUCUCAUGCGACCGUGACGACCCGGAGUGUGUGAAGGACGCUAUCGAGGACUACGACGGCGAGGGUAACGUCUUGAUCUGCUGGGAGCACGACGCAUUGACGGACAUUAUUGAGGAGUUGGGGGCCGACGACGCACCCGAGUAUCCCAGUGACAGCUUUGAUUUGAUCUGGACCGACGAACCCCCGUACGGCGAGGUCACGGAGUCGAGCGAGCAGUGUCCUGGGCUGGAUUAGAGGUCAGUGA